AUGCGACGCGUUUUUGUUUUAGGAUUGGCAAAGCAACGCGUCUAUUUUAAUAAUAUUAAUAAUAUUAACUUUACAAUCCAUACUUUCAGUACAAAAGCCGACUUACAGUUGCUCCAGAAACUCCGUCAAGAGACAGAAGUUAGUAUUUCAAAGGCAAAAGAAGCCUUAGUUAUAAAUAAAAAUGAUUACGAGAAAGCGCUUUCCUGGGUUCUCGAGGACGCGAAAACUAGCGGGGCCAUAAAAGCGGAAAAGCUACGAGGACGUGUAGCAAAAGAAGGGCUGGUAGGAGUGGUGGUUAAUAAUAUUGAUAAAAAAGAUCUCUCAAGUCAAAGAGGUGCUAUUGUAGAGGUAAAUUGUGAAACAGAUUUUGUGUCUCGCAAUGAGAUGUUUAAACAAUUUGUCGCGCAGAUUGCUUCCACUUCGCUCUUACUCCCGGUAGAAGACUUAUCAUAUGACAAUGAAUUACCAACAAUACAAAAUAUCCCACUUGAUCUCCUCAAAUCUUCUCCUUUGCUUCCUCUUCCUUCUAUUACGAGCUAUGAUCAUAAAUUUAAUACGGUAGAACAAUCCGUUGGAGAACUAAUUGGGAAAUUAGGCGAGAACAUCACUUUGCGACGCGUUGCUGUGGUAAACAUGAAAGAUUCGUGCAAAGAAAAUAGCCGAAGUAUUGUAACAACCGGAGGAUAUGUUCAUGGUGGAGAUGAAUUAACCGGAAAGAUCGGAGGAUUAAUCUUAUUGCAAUCAUCGGGAGAAACUUCUCAACAGCAACAGUCAUCACAAAUAAUUUCUAAACUGGCGAAAAAUCUCGCGCGUCAGGUAGUUGGCUUAAAUCCAAAAUACAUAAAUGAUGAUGAAAAUAACAUUAUACUUGAUGAAGAGGUAGAAGAUAGAGAAAGUUUCUUGAAUGAGAAUGUGCUAAUGAGACAAGCAAGUUUAUGGGGCGGUGGAUUAAUCCGAGAUGUUAUGAAGCAAACGGAAUUGAACAGUAAACUUCAAUUAAAAGUGUUGAACUUUAUAAGAUGGGAAUGUGGCGAAGGAAUAGAGAAACAAGACACUAAUUUUGCUGCGGAGGUCAUGAAACAGGCUGGUUUGACUUGA